AUGGGUGGUCUAGCGAUCACUGUCAUGGCAUCAGAAAUAUCUUUCGGCAAUUGCAAUUCUGGGUUGCAGGUAGGAUCAAGCAAUGCUCUUAUAACUGCACACUUCCAUGUUCAGAAUGAACAGCCCGAAACUCCACCAAGCCCCUUGUCAACUGUUCCCUUUCGCCGGGACAAGGAAUUUGUUGAAUGCGGAACAAUAUUCGAUGAAAUAAACGAGAAGAAUCCCGCGCCGUCUCCACGAAUUGCACUGGUUGGCCUCGGCGGCGUUGGAAAAUCAAAGCUGGCCAUCGAAUACUCCUACCGCAUCCGUGAGCGGUCACCAGAGACAUGGGUCUUCUGGGUUCAUGCUAGCAACGCCGCUCGUUUUGAGCAAAGUUUCCGGGAGAUUGCAGACCGAGUGAAAAUCUCUGGUCGAGAGAAUCCCACCUCUAAUAUAUUCCAGCUUGUCCAUGACUGGCUUCAGGAUGAAAGAAAAGGGAAAUGGGCCCUGAUCCUUGAUAAUGUUGAUGAUGACCGGUUCCUUCAGCAGGCACCAUUGAUCAAGAAAGAUGAUGUCGGCCAGGAUAGCGAUCAGAAGCUAUGGCGGCCGUUGCAGGCAUAUCUUCCACAGAGCCCGCAUGGUCUCAUCCUCAUGACAACCCGAAACAAAGGCGUUGCCCUGAGAAUGGUUGAGGAAAGAGAGAUUAUCAUUGUACAACCCAUGGAUCAAGCCCAUGCGAAAAGGCUUUUUGAGGCGAAGCUUGGAAUACAGGAGAACCCCGAGGAAUUUUGCAGCUCGCAGCAGCCUUGGAUCAUAUGCCGCUUGCAAUCAGCAGCCUAUAUCAAACAACGGGCUCCCCGGUCAUCGGUGAAGCAGUACUUGCAACAGUUCCAAAGUAGCGACAAUAGCAAGUUGACCCUUCUUGAGUAUGAAAAGGGUCAGCUUCGUCGCGAUCGAGAAGCAAGAAAUUCUGUUAUUCGCACAUGGCAGAUCUCUUUCGACUAUCUACGGCAAGAGCGACCUUCCGCUGCAAAUCUUCUUUCCUUAAUGAGCUUCUUCAACAGACAAGCGAUUCAUGAGUCUCUACUCCCAAUACACAACCAGGGAGCAAACGAUGGCACAAUACAGAAAGUGAACGUCAAGGACGAGGACAGUUGUUUGGCUGACGUGGAAGAUCCACGUGAAGAAGACUUCUGUACUUUGAGAGACUAUUCUUUUAUCACCGUCAACACGGACGCUGUAAGCUUUGCGAUGCACAGAUUAGUUCAGCUCGCUACGCAAAAAUGGCUUGAGGAACAUGGCGAGCUCGAAAAGUGGAGGGGACAAUGUAUUGCCAAUCUCCUCCAGGAGUUUCCCUUCACAGCGUAUCAGGACUGGAGAAAGCGGGAUAUGAUACUACAACAUUUUGUAACAGCAACAGCGCACCAGAGAGAUCCGGAGGCCUCGUCGACUAUGGAGGUUGUGUUGCUCUGUAAGGCGGCAAUGUAUACCUGGCAAAAGGGGAAUUUCGUGGAGGCGGAGGAAAUGCAUGAGAAGGCCAAGAAGGUGAUAGAGGCCCGAAGGUUGCUAUCUGAAGACCCCCGCGGAGAGAUUUAUGAGCUUAUCAAAGCUGGCUACGAGGAGCUACUAGGUGACGAUCAUCCCGAUACUCUGGCAGCUUUAGGCAAUGUUGCUACCGCAUUGGGAGGCCAACGGAAAUAUGCAGAGGCCGAGCCAUUGCUUCGGAAGGCAGUAGCAGGGCACGAGAAAAAGCUUGGGGUUGAAGAUCCUACCACACUGGGGAUGUACCUUCAUUUAGGCAUAAUUCUGGAAAUCGACGAAACUAUCUGCGAAAGGAUCUUUGAACCUGAGCAUCCAUUGGUGUUGAGGACUAUGGAGGCCUUGGGCAUGGCACUCUCUGGUCAGGGAAGGUACCAAGAGGUAGUGGAAAUGCAUCGUUGGAUACUUGCGGUACAAAUGGAGGAAGCAGGACCCCACAGUCCAAGCACACUGCUAGGUCUUGAAAUGCUAGGCAAACUGCUCACGUGGCAAAAAGAAUUCACAAAAGCAGAGGCAAUCCUCAGAGAAACACUGGAAUCACGUCGAAAGGUGCUGGGACCAGACCAUCUCGACACGCUCACAACCACUCACAGUCUCGUGAUAGCGCUUAAUAACCAGGGGAAGCACGAAGAGGCCGAGCUGGUAGAGCGAGAAGUACUCGCAAAGAUAAUCAAGAUAUUUGGAUCGAACCAUGUCGAAACGGCAACUGCUAUGUCGAUACUCUCGGCUGUUGUUAGGAUGCAAGGCCAGCAUUCGGAAGCAGUGGGGCUCUUGAAGACUUCUGUUCGGAUCCUAUGCGAGCAAAUCGGGCCCGAUGAACCAUGGACAGUCGAUGUCAUGUCCCAGCUAAUGGAUACUUUGGUAUGCUGCUAA